AUUACCAACCCUGAUGAUUGAAACAUGCAGCGUGGAGGAAGGAGUAAACGAGGCAAUUUUGUGGAGUCUCAAGGAACAGCAGACCUUGAUGAGCAGACUGAUUGCACUGAAGCAGGAGCAUCUGGAGGACAUGUAGGCACUGAGKGUGAAGAGGUGAAAGAACCAACAUAUACAGAUCUUGUUAAUAUUCUUCGUGCCCACAUGAGCCAGCAGGAGGAACARAAUAGAACAAUGAAAGAGGAAGCAGCCCGCCAAGAUCAACGGUUCAGGUCUCUUCAACACCAAUUCAGUCUUUUGCAAUCAGAAGUGCAGGCCCAAACUUUUCCAACAUCUGAACCUGCUAAGCUGGAAAACUCUGAUCCAGAACCACAGGAUAAAGAUCUACUGCCAGGGGACCGCAAAGUCAUCUCUUCAGGUCAGUUUCGUUCCUUCUUGGAACCUAAAUUAGAAAAAUUAACAGAAACUGAUGACAUUGAACAUUUUUUAAUUACUUUUGAGAGGAUUGCAGUUUCAUGUAACUGGCCAGAGAAUGACUGGGUCUUCCGUCUGGUUCCAUUGCUAACUGGAAAAGCCAGAAGCGCUUAUGUGCAUAUGGACAUUGAUGAAGUGGAUGAUUAUAUAUCUGUUAAGGAGGCAAUUCUGAGGAAAUAUGACAUUAACCCAGAAACCUAUCGUCAGAGAUUUCGUUCUACAGAAGUGGAGCCUGGAGAAACUCCCAAGGAGCUGUACGUAAGGUUAAAGGAGAUGUAUGAAAAGUGGAUACAACCUAGAGGUAAAACAGUGAAAGCCAUUGGUGAAGUUAUUGUGUUGGAGCAAUAUCUACGUAUGCUGUCUCCUGAGCUUCAGGUUUGGGUCCGGGAACAUGAUCCUCCAACAGCUUCCAAAGCGGCUUCACUGGCUGAGGUGUUUGUGGCUGCUAGACGGAAAGGACAACCAUGGAGUUACUCUUCUUGGAAGGCAUCUAAAGACACACGCAGAGCUGCACCUGUACAACACCACCAAAAGGGUGUAUCUGCUGUGGGUAAGGCCUUCCUAAGGGAAACCCAGUCAGUAAGCRCAACACCCAGGCAAUACAAUAAAGUGCCUGUUUGUUAUUUGUGUGGUCAGGAAGGCCAUACAAAACCUAUGUGUCCAAAAAACCCUCCCAAACUCACUCAGCUGUGUGUUGUCCCAUUUAAAAGUGACAAUUGCAUCAGUAUUGGACAGUCUGUGAAACUGAGUGAUGUGAAAGUUAAUGGGAAAGGUGUGAAGGCCUUAAUUGACACUGGGAGUGUUCAGACUCUGGUUGAAAGAGGGCUGGUUCCAUCUAAUAUAAUUUGCACAUCUGACACAAUCCCUAUCCGAUGUGUGCAUGGUGAUGAAAGGCCAUACCCCACAGCGGAUAUUUAUAUUGAAGUGCAAGGACAAUUAUACCUACUGAAUGUUGGUGUU